AUGAUUAUUAAAUUGUUUUAUAUCGUCUUUGUUAUAACAUGUGCAACUUUAGUCUCGGCUUCAUAUGAAGAUAAAAGAUGCAAAUGUGUAUGCCCCAGUCCAGCCGCUGUUCUCAACAACACAGUGGGUUCAGACCGGAAGUUAUACAUUGGCAAUGUCCCACCCAAUAAAUGUAAUUGUGAUGGAGUUAUUCUUCCACGAGUUGGUGAAUUAAUCAAAGGCCGUGAACAAGAAUUUUGUCCUCGCUGUGAAUGCAAAUAUGAAAACAGGAACACCACAAUUAUAAAGGUGGUAGUCAUCAUUGUAAUUUGGGUUAUUAUGCUUCUUGUGGCAUACAUGGGAUUCCUCAUAUGUCUGGAUCCUCUCAUCAACAAACGUGCAAAAGCUUCAUACCAAGAGCACACUAAUGAGGAUGAUGAAAGUACAAUCAGUGGGCCAUCACAUCACAUGGGUGCCCGAGGGAAUGUUCUCAACCGCGUCACACACCAACAGGACAAGUGGAAGCGUCAAGUCAGGGAACAGCGCCGUAACAUUUAUGAUAGACACACUAUGCUCAAUUAG